AGAUGGCAAAACGUGAUAGAAAUAAAAUAAAUUGUCUCCUGCUGACCUUUGUAAUAUUGCUGCUGACUCAUGACCUAAGUGUUGAGGCCAAACGGAUUUACAGCUCCAGUGGUAGUCGUCGUUCAUCCUCCUCCUCAUCGUCCAGUGUAAGGCGUACGAAUACCAAUAAUCGAUCAAAUUCUUAUAGUGGUGGUGGUAGUACCUCGCAUUCAAAUCCUUCGUUGUCCCACACGGGGCUUUCAUCAUUGAGUUAUGCUGGCUAUAAUCAACAGGCCAAUAAACGGCCGAGCAGUAGCAGCAACACCCACAUUACCAACAGCCAUGCCAGUAAUACCCAUAGUUCGGCACCCAGACCCACCUCUACACCCAUAGGUUGGAAUGUACCACCCAAGCCGCAAGGACCACCACCAGCAUAUUCGGCCACAAAUCCGGCAGGUGGAGCCAAGACCAAUAUGUAUGAGAAAUCUCCGGCUUAUAAUCCAAGCUACUCGGCUCCACCCAGUUAUUCGGCGGCUACCAAUACCAAUAGUCGACCGGCCACCAAUUACAAUGGUCAGCAUUCCACCUAUAAUCGCAAUCGUUUUAAUUCCACGGGCGGAGGUUUUGGUGGUGGUGGGGUACACACUCCUAUCACAGCUACAAAUGCCCACAAUGUACAAUCCAGUUAUCCGAAGCAGCAAUCUCCUACCUAUUAUCCAGCAGGUUCUUCCCUACCCGCAGGUGCCACUUAUCAUCCAUCGGGUCAAUUGCCAGCAGGAGCUACCUAUCAUCCAGCAGGACAAUUGCCGGCGGGAGCCACCUAUCAUCCAUCGGGCCAUUUACCGGCUGGUGCAAGUUAUCAUGCUCCUGGUCAGUUGCCGGCUGGUGCCACCUAUUAUCCCUCAGCUUCUUCGUUGCCUGCCGGAGCCACAUAUCACAAUCCGGGAGCCUUGCCACCAGGCGCCACAUAUCACAGUCCAGGAGCUUUGCCGGCUGGUGCCACCUACUACCCCUCACCUCCGGCUUUACCUGCUGGAGCUACCUUCUUGCCUGCGGGCUCAGCCAUACCUGCUGGAGCCACUUUCAUUCAACAGCCACAGAAAUCUAGCUCAGGUUUAGGUUUUGGUAGCGGUCUCUUGGCGGGUGGCCUGACUGGUGCCAUUUUGGGCCACGCCCUUACCCCCACCCACACCAAGGUUAUUGAACAUGCUCCCAGCUAUGGUGGCGGCGGUGGUGGUGGCGUUGCCCCUGCCGCCCAAAAUGAUGACAAGAUCAUUAUUAUCAACAAUGGUCCACCGGGUUCGGUUACCACCCAGGAAGUUGGUAGUGGCACCACUGUCAUCACCACCAAUGGUGGUCAGGUUCCAGCUGCUGCUCCAGCACCCACCAAUACCUAUGCUGCCCAACCCACCGCCAAUUUAGCUCCCAUGAAUCCCACAUAUCCUGAUCCUCCCGCCGGUUCACCUGGACCAAUACCAACACAAGCCACAAAUGCGGUCCCAGAAAAUUCCGGUAGCCUAGCCGCUGCUGCUGCUCCAGCAUUGGCAGCCGGGGCUGCAACAGCGGCCGUUGCAGGAGCAGCAAUGGCAGGAGGUGCAGAUGCGAAUGCCCAAUCAGCUGCUGCGGCAGCUGUCCCAGCCCCUGCCCCUGCCGCCGCACCUGCAGAACAACCAGCCGCCCCUGCUGCUGGUGGUAUCAUUUGUGUACCCGUUAAAGUACCCGAACCUGAUCCAAAUGACAGCAGCAAAACCAUUGAAGUUGAGAAAAUUGCUUGCUAUAACGCUCCUGCACCUGAGCCGGCACCAGCUACUGAUGCCACAGCUGCUGCGGCUGCUACUGCAGCUGUAUCCACAGAAGCCACUCCCACAACAACAACCACAACUGUUGCACCCUCCAGCACAAGUGAUGUAGCCACCACAGAAGCCAUUAUUCAACCCAUGGCUCAAGGUGUUGCAUUGGCCCCUCUGCAAACAACACCCUUCACAAUACCCGAAGGUUCCGUGCCAUUGGCUCCCUUUACACCCGGUGCAAAUCCAGAUCUACUCAAAUUACCAGGUGAUUAUUAUGUCAAUUCACGAACCUCAGCCAUAAUGGCAAAAUCGAUGCAUCGUGAUUUGGUCAGUAGUGGUGUUGGAUCGUAUCUCAAUAACUGGUGUUUGACCUCUAUGAUAACUUUACUAAUCGCUUUUUUAAUUAACUAA